CUCUGUUUCCUGCCGCUGGAUCGCUUUGUCCGCUCCGAGACUCAAAGUGCUCAAAGAGGAGGAAGAUGUCCGACGUGCGGCUGCUGCGGGUGUCGGUACAUGAGCGGAUCAGCGCCGCCGCCGAAGACUUUCUACUGCAGCUGGAGAAAGGAGGAGAAACGGCUCGAGUCCCGGCUCUGAGAGCGAUGCUAACCGAGCGGCUAACGGCUGCGGGGGAAGAGAUCCUGGCGGUGUUCGAGGACAAAAUGGAGCGGUCCGAGCGGGAGAUCUGCCGCGAGAGGAGGCUGCUGGAGGCCGUGAUGAAGCCCGAACUCCGGCUGCACCGAGUUGACGUACAGCAGCUGACGGUGAAUAAAGAUGAGGUUCCCCCUGAGCAGCAUCAGUGGAGCCCCCUUGUGGACCAGGAAGACCAAGAGCCCCCCCUUAUUAAAGAGGAACAGGAGGAACCGUGGACCAAUCAGGAGGGAGAUCAGCUUCAACAACUUGAGCAGGCCGAUAUCAAGUUCCCAUGGACUGAUGACACUAUGAAGAGUGAAGAAGAUGAAGAGAAACCUGAGUUGUCACAGCUUCAUCAGAGUCAGACUGAGGAGAACAGAGCGGACUGUGGAGAACAAGAACCAGCCAGGAACUCAGGUCCUGAUGGACAUUUACAACAAGAUACUGAGGACAAGACUGAAGACUCUUCUGAGACUGAAGAGAGUGAAGAUGAUUGGUUGCAGACAUGGGAACCUCAGUCUGGUUUAAAAACAAAAAAUAACAAACACCCUCUAAGUGAUAUGAAAUGUAAAACCGGUAAGAAAGAAUUUAGUUGUUCUGAGUGUGAUAAAAGAUUUUUUCAAAAGAGCACUCUAACUGUACAUAUGAGGGUUCAUACAGGAGAGAAACCCUUUGGUUGUUCUGACUGUGGUCAAAGAUUCGGACGAAAGAACCAGCUAACUGUACAUAUGAUGACUCACACCGGAGAGAAACCGUUUAGUUGCUCUGUGUGUGAAAAAAGAUUUUUUCAAAAGGGCGAUCUAACUGUACAUAUGAGAAUUCAUACAGGAGAGAAACCGUUUAGUUGCUCUGAGUGUGGAAAAACAUUUGUUCAAAAGAGCAAACUAACUGUACAUAUGAGAAUUCAUACAGGUGAGAGACCAUUUAGUUGCUCAGAGUGUGGUAAAAGAUGUAUUCAAAAGGCUCAAUUAACUGUACAUAUGAGGGUUCAUACAGGAGAGAAACCCUUUGGUUGUUCUGACUGUGGUCAAAGAUUCCGAAGAAAGCAUGAACUAACUGUACAUAUGAGGACUCAUACAGGAGAGAAACCCUUUGGUUGUUCUGAUUGUGGUCAAAGAUUCAUACGAAAGUACAAAUUAACUGUACAUAUGAGGACUCAUACAGGAGAGAAACCCUUUGGUUGUUCUGACUGUGGUCAAAGAUUCGUACGAAAGUACAAACUAACUGAACAUAUGAGGAUUCAUACAGGAGAGAAACCCUUUGGUUGUUCUGACUGUGGACAAAGAUUCGUACGAAAGUUGCAACUAACUGUACAUAUGAGGACUCAUACAGGAGAGAAAGCAUUUAGUAGCUCGUAGUUUGGUUAAAAAAAAAAUUAGACUAAUGGGUAAUCUAACUUCACUUGAGUAGUAAUAUAGGAGAGAAUGAAUUUACCUGCUCUGUGUGACAAAGAUGUAAGUUGCAUCAUUUGCACCUGUUAUUAUCAGUUAGACAAUUUCUUUCUCCCUGGAAAAUAUAACUUAUUGAAUAACAUGAAAGAUUUGUGUUGGUAUUUCUUGUUUCUACUGACUUGAUUUAUGCCAUAUAUAACAUACCCAUAUAUACUUAAUGCAUUUUUAAUAAUGUCCUCCGUUUCUGGUAAAAAGUUUGCCCGAAAUUGACAGCUGAAUAUACAUUAGAGAAGUCAUACAGGAGAGAAACUGUUAAAUUGCUCCUAGUGUGGUUAAAGAUAUACACUAAUGGGCAAUCUAACUGUGUAUACGAUUAGUCAUACAGCAGAUCAUUAAUUUACUUGCUCUCAGUUUUGAAAAAGAUUUCACUGUAGGUACAAUGUAAAGAGACAUGAAGCUUCAUACAGGAGAAAAAUUAAUCGUUUGCAACAAAAUAUUUACAUAAAUCUAUCGGUAGCUAUCGAUAUUAUCCAUAUUCAUAGUUCACUGUUGUAAAAGAGAAUUAAGAAACCCUCCACCUGUUUUUUGCAGAGUUAAACAAUGUUUAUGUUCCUACAAAAUACAGCUCAUUGAAUAACAUGAAAGAUUUGUGUUGAUAUUUCUUGUUUUUAUUGAUACAGUGCCUUGCAUAAGUAUUCACCCCCCUUGUACCUUUCUACAUUUUGUCAUGGUAUAACCACAGAUUAACAUUUAUUUCAUCAUGAUUUUAUGUAAUGGACCAAAACAAAACAGUCCAUCAUUUGGAAGUGGGGGAAAAUAUUAAAUGGAUUUCAAAAUUAUUUACAAAUAAAAAUCUGAAAAGUGUUGAGUGCAUAUGUAUUCACCCCCUUUACUGUGAAACCCCUAAAAACAAUCUGGUGCGACCAAUUGCCUCCACAAGUCACAUUUGCAAGUCACAUACUUAGUAAAUAGGGUCCACCUGUCUGCAAUUUAAUCUCAGUAUAAAUACACCUGUUCUGUGACGGACUCAGAGUUUGUUGGAGAUUAUUUCUGAACAAACAGCAUCAUGAAGACCAAGGAGCUCACCAAACAGGUCAGGGAUAAAGUUGUGGAGAAAUAUGAAGCAAGGUUAGGUUAUAAAAAAUAUCCAGAGCUUUGAACAUCUCACGGAGCACCAUAAAAUCCAUCAUCAGAAAAUGGAAAGAAUAUGGCACAACCGCAAACCUA